AUGGGAAAGAUACAAUUUUUUUUUUUUCCAUACAUCUACUAUGGCAAGUAAAACCACAUGCUAGACAAAUGUUGGAAACAAUUUGGAAAGCCCAACUUUGCUCAACCGGCUCUCUUGCCUCUUUCACCAACUUCUAUGGUGCCAUCUAGUGUUUUGUCUUUGAUAUUUCAGGUGACAUUGACCUCUACUGAGUAUGAAGCACUAUACUACUCUAGUGGUACCAUGACGCAUUUCUCGAUCAAUCUGGCCUCGCUUUUGAAUCUUUCCACCUUAAGUAUACACGCUCUCCUCAUAUCUUCAUCUUUACCAUGGAUUAUUGACUUGGAGGUCUCCACUCACAUGACCGACACACCCACUAUUUUAUUAUCAUACUAGUCUACCCCUCAUCAUCUAUUGGUUAUCAUUGCCGAUGACCGAACUUAUUCAAUUAACGGACAUGAAAAUACUAUUGUUACCCCAAGUGUUCAUCUCACUCAGGUUUUCUAUAUUUUUAGAUUUCCUACUAACCUCUUACCUAUCAGUAUUAUUACUCAAGCCAUCCUUUGCUCUAUUAUAUAUACAUUUUUUCAUUGUACCUUCUAGGAUUUGUAUGUUAGGUGGAGGAUUGGUUUGGGGCAUGAGAAUGGAUGUGAGCUAAUUUUUGAUGAACCUUUUUCUGGCCUUUAAAUUCUUUUUGUUUCCUUUAUAACCACUUCAUCUAUUUUGUAGGAUCGUCGUUUAGAACAUCUUUGUUUUGAAAUUUUUAAAAAAACCUUAUCUUAGCUUUCUCUUAAUAAAUUUGUGUGCGAGUCAUGUCAUUUAGGCAAACACUAUUGUGGUUCAUACCCAAGUCAAGACGAGUUCCAUCCAUAUUAUCUUUUGACCUCAUUCAUUAUGAUGUUUAUGACCUAUUUCAUACUUUGUCUAUCUCAAGUCAUUGCUACUACAUUGUCUUUGUUGAUGACUAUACUUGAGUAAGUUGGGUCUAUCUUUUCUAAAAUUAUAUCUAAGUUCACACUAUAAUUGUUCACUUUAUUAUUGAGGUUAUCACUCAGUACUCUAUUAUGCUCAAGAUUUUUCAUAUCGACAAUAUUUUAGAGCUGGUCUAAAACUCACUUUAUAUAUUUUGUAUUGAUUGUGAUAUUCUUUAUUAGACCACAUGUCCACACACAUCUUAAUAAAAUAGUGUUGUCGAAUUUAAAUAUCAUCAACUAUUUGACAUUGCUUGCACACUACUCAUUGAAAUGAACGAUCUUCAUUAUCUGUGGUCUGAUGCUCUCUUGACAACCACGUAUCUAUAGAAUCGGCUUUCUUCCGCUCUACUUGGUGGGGUCAUUCCAUUUCAUUGUCUUUCAUCUGAUUCUUCUUUUUUUUACUUACCCCCUUGUGUCUUUGAAUGCAUUGCUUUCAUUCAAGACUACUCUUUUUCUCUUUCUAAAUUAACCCCUUGUGCUUUCAAAGGGAUAUUUGUUGGUUACUCACGGACACAAAAAAGUUAUUAGGUUUAUUUUCUUGAUACUCAUCGUUAUAUGACAUCAACUGAUAUUACUUUUUAUGAGGAAUCUGUCUUCUUCUCUCUAGCAUUGACUCCUUCUUGAUCUAUUACAUCUUCAUCAUCUAGUUUUCCUCUUGUGGUGAUCAUUGCAAAUCCUUCUUCUACUUUGUCUACUUGUCUAAUUUCAUCUUUAUCAACUCCUUAGACACCUUCGGCUUCAUUGCCAUUUGACUCCUCUACUAUGGGAUAAAAUUCGUCUUUACUCUUUGUCAACGAGCCUCCUCUAGUUGUCUUUUCUAACAUUAGGGUGGAUGACUUUUAUCUUCCUAUUGCUCUCUACAAAGAUACAUGUGCAUGCACCAGACACCCUAUUUCUUUUUUUGUUUUCUAUGACCGCCAUUUAUAAACUUAAGUAAAGUUCACGUACUUAGUUCACCAAGUUCAAUAGUUUUUUGGUAUAAUUCAAAUUCUCACUAUCUUGUAGAUCUCACAAUACUUACAAAGACUAAUAGAAUUGGUAUUAUCAUCCUAAUUAUUUAUGUGGAUGACAUUCUUGUGAUAGGAAGUGAUGAAGUAUACAUUCAAACUACUAAAUUAUACCUACAUUAGCACUUUAGUAUACGAGAUCUAAAGAUUCUAUGAUAUUUCAUUAGAAUUAAGAUCGCCUAUUAAGAUGGCAACCUCACUCUCUCUCAAUAAAAGUAUACUCUUGAUAUGCUUUAGGAGACUGAGCUACUUACGUGUAAGUUAGAGUCGUCACCUAUGGAGGCACGUCCAUGCUUAUGAGAUAUGUUAUCUCUACUCCUAAAGGGUGCUAAUCGAUACAAACGGUUGUUGGGGAAGAUGAUUUACCUCACUGUCACUCACCUCGACAUCAUGUACACAGUUAAUGUCCUUAGUUAAUUCAUGUAUGAACAUUGACAAAUUCACUAGGAGGGAGCUUUACAGGUUCUAAUAUACAUCAAAAGAGUUCUUAAGAGAGGGCUUAUUUAUUGAAGACAUGUACACCUUUGGAUUGAAGUUUAUUUGGAUGUAGAAUAUAUUGGUGAGAAGGGAGAUUACAAGUCUAUCACUAGUUAUUGCAAAUAUAUAGGUAGCAACCUUGUCACGUGAUGCUUUAGAAAGCAGAAAGUGGUAUCUUGCUCCAGUGUUGAGUCCGAGUAUCGCACCAUGACCAAGACACCGUGAGAGAUAGUGUGGCUAAGUUCACUCAUUGAAGAACUUGACAUCUCAUCUCCUAUGUCAAUACCUAUAUAUUGUGAUAAUCAAGACACCAUCUUCAUUGUUGGGAAUCUUAUGUUUUAUGAGUAGAUGAAGUACAUCAAGAUUGAUUGUCAAUAUAUCUGAGAUAAGGUAAUGUCAGAUGUUAUUUUUACUCCACACAUUAUCUCAUCUCAUCAUCUUAUAGACGUCCACAUCAAGUGUCUUGCUGGGAUCUCUUACGAUGCAACAUGCACCAAGCUAGGCAUGUAUGACUUGUAUACUGUAACUUGA